GUCGAGUAGUAGCAGUCUGGGCUCAUCUCUCAUCAACCAGCGCAACAAGCCUGUCCGCCCUGGAACUAACCCGGGCUAUCUACACAGAAAAUGCCCGCAAAGUGACUCCGGAGGACGGCAGGACUGUCCUGACAGCGGGGCUGCACUCUGGGAAGGUUUUCUGACCGACACACCGACUCUCCUCUGCGACGGAUCCGCAGCAUUAGGCCUCAUGGAGCUGGGGACUCCACGACUGCUGUGCACCAGGGAGCUCGAUCCACGCCUGGUUCCCAGCAAACAACCUUGAAGGGAGGGAACCUCAUUUACCCCUCCACCCCCUUUUCCCAUCCCUCCCCCUAAAUUGCCCCCUGUGGUGACACUGUCCUUUCCUGUCUGUGGCUUGCAAGAUGAUAGGCAAGCUGAAGCAGAACUUGCUGGUGGCCUGCCUGGUCAUCAGCUCCGUCACGGUCUUCUACCUGGGCCGCCAUGCCAUGGAGUGCCACCAUCGCAUUGAGGAACGCAGCCAGCUGGGUGGGGUACUGUCUCUGUCCGCUGUGGGAGGCAGCAUGCGAACCACCCUACGGACAGGCCAGAACCUUAGCACGCCUUUUGUUUACAACAAAGACAUGCCACUCAUCUUCAUCGGUGGUGUUCCCCGCAGCGGGACAACGCUUAUGCGAGCCAUGCUGGACGCCCACCCAGAGGUGCGCUGCGGUGAGGAAACACGAGUUAUCCCACGCAUCCUGGCCAUGAAGCAGAUGUGGAGCCGCUCAGGCCGGGAGAAAAUGCGCUUGGACGAGGCCGGAGUGACGGAUGAGGUGCUGGACGCCGCCAUGCAGGCCUUCCUGCUGGAGAUCAUCGUCAAACAUGGUGAGCCAGCCAACUUCCUCUGCAACAAGGACCCUUUUGCGCUCAAGUCACUUUCCUACCUGGCCAAAAUCUUUCCCCGUGCCAAGUUUGUACUCAUGAUCCGUGAUGGGCGGGCCUCAGUCCACUCCAUGAUCUCACGGAAGGUGACCAUUGCUGGCUUUGACCUGGGCAGCUACCGGGACUGCUUGACCAAGUGGAAUCGGGCCAUAGAAACCAUGUACACUCAGUGCCUGGAGGCUGCUGAUAAGUGCCUUCCUGUGCACUACGAACAGUUGGUCCUCCAUCCUGAGAAGUGGAUGAGGACGCUGCUGAAAUUCCUCGACAUUCCUUGGAAUGACGCUGUUCUACACCACGAGGAGCUCAUUGGGAAAGCUGGAGGAGUAUCCCUGUCCAAGGUGGAGAGGUCCACAGACCAGGUCAUCAAGCCGGUCAACGUGGAGGCCUUGUCCAAGUGGGUGGGGAAGAUCCCGGCCGACGUGCUGCGGGACAUGGCCGUCAUCGCCCCCAUGCUGUCCAGGCUGGGCUACGACCCCCACGCCAACCCUCCCAACUACGGCCGGCCCGACCCCAAGGUCCUGGACAACACUAGAAGGGUCUUUAAAGGUGAAUUUCAGCUACCAGAUUUUCUAAGAGAACAAUCACAGAUCCAAAAGUCUGCAGAGAGGCCCAACCCCAGUUAGGAGGAGGGGAAAUGCCACAGCAACAACCCACAGAGCAGGACUUGGUGCAAAGGAACAGAAAACAAUGGACUUUGGAUUCACCACUUUUCUGGACCUUGGCACUUCUCCAGGUCCCUUUAACACAACUGGACAGUUUCCUUGCCAACUGUCGCCCCUCCUGUGGGCAGCGACCACUCUCUGUCUGCGGAGAACUCUUGGCCUUCGAUGUUGUACUGUAAAAAAACAUAUGUUUGUCACAACGGUGACCACAGAAUGUCUGCUGAUUUUAUUUUAUUUUUUUCUAUUUUAAAUUUUUUUCUGGUUACAUCACGCUCAUUUGGAUUUUUAGGAAUCAUUUUCUGGCUAUAUAAAAAUAAAUAAAUAUGUGAUUCUGUUGUAAGAAACUGCAGUGAACCUAAAAAUCACAAGACGUAUUUAUGAAUGAAAGUUAGCUUUUUGAAGAUGCAAUAUCUAUUUUAAUGUUUAACUUUUUUUUUUUCAUGCCUUUGUAUCGUGCAAUGUCAUGGGUACUGAUGUUCAAGAUCAGUUUUGAGUAUCAACAGUGAUAAACAAUGGCUUUUUUAAACCUU